AAUUACAAACACAUAUAGACUUAUAUUAUAAUGUCCGGUAAUGAUGGUUGUUGCCAGGGCAGUUGUGGCACCGAUGUGAGUUCAGCAGAUUCUAUUGACCAGGGUGUAAAUCAUCAUGGCGUCACUUUAACGAAAAGUAGCCUGUGCUAUCGCUGUGGCAUAUUGCCAGCUACAUUAUUCACUCGGAAGGCUAUCUGUAAUAGUUGUUUCCUUGAAGUCUUUCGGCGGAAGUUUGCUUCUAAUCUACGAUCACAUUUUGUUCGCAAAAAUGAAAAGAAGGAGCCAAUAAUAAUACUUAUGGGUGGUGAUGUGUUCUCUACAUCACUACUGAAUUUAAUUUUGGAGCGUAAUAAGCGAAGAUAUGUCACUGCAGCACAUGUUCCCGCUGACAGUGACACUUCUAAUCAUUUAUUUGUUUCCGAUGAUAUGGCGUUGAAUUAUGUAUUGUCGAUUGAUAACUAUGUGGAUGACAAUGUUGGAUUUGCCAGUCGUUCAGAGCAGUUUUUUCAUCAUGUAACCAACGUAGUCAAUACAUUAGGUAACUCUAGUGUUGAACUACAGAAGAUUAAACAAACAGAUCACGUCAAUGAGUGGAUGAUACUGGGCCAAGUAACCGUAUCGUAUAUCGCAUUAUGUUAUUUCUAUCAUGAAGAGGAUAGUAAAUGUGACCAUCGGUGUUACGAAUUGAAGGAACAUAUGACUACGAUGUACAAUUCAUUGCACUGUGACGAGUUGGCUUAUUCUUUAACUUUGCUACAAACCGUAAAUUUGCUCAGAUAUAUGAAAAAUCACAACUUAUCUACGGUGUCUGUAUUUGUUAGUGACACGCAGGAGUUGAUUGUUCGUCGGGUCUUAAUGUUAACCUGCAUUGCAGCAGGAGGCAUGGUUGCAUUUAAGGGUUCCAUGACAGAUGCCAAUAGUUUGGGCGAUAAUAACGUUAUAUAUCGAUUAUUAAAAACUUUUUCGAGCAAGGAAGUUGCUUUGUAUCAUCGGCUCAACGGUCUACCUCAUACAUCAUCUAUGGAUCUCUUCUGGCACAGCAGUCCACAAUCCACUAUAUUGGGUUGUGUGAACGAGUUGGUGACCUCCAUUGCAUCUGCUCAUAGCAGCACUCUCCAUAAUGUUUGUAACGUCGUGGAGAAACUGACGCCUACAUCUUAUGGUAGUACAUCUGUAUGCCGAGUCUGCAAGGGAGCCGUGUACUCAUCGGACACAGAGGUGACCUUAUGCGGAGGGUGUUCUUAUUUUUGCGCUCGUAAUACAGUUUUUGCAAAGUUGGCGGCUGAUUUAGCCGCUUGGUUGAACUAUUUUACUUGA